GAGGAGGAGGAGGAGGAGGAGGUGGAGAUGGAGGAGGAGGAGGAGAAAAGCGGUUCCGGGCCGGUGUCGGCGGUGGAGGAGGCGGCUUUGGAGGAGGUGGUGAUGGACGUGGGACCUCUAGCGGCUCUCCCCAGGCGGGGGCGGGAGAUGCUCAGGCCCAUCCUGAGGGAAUUCGUGCGCCACGUGACGCCCGCCCUGGUCCCACGGCUCAUGAUCCGGCUCCGACACUAG